AAUGUAGUAAAUGCUAAUUAUAAAUUAUAAAUUUUAACUUAAUUUACGACAAUUAAGUUUCGCAUUAGUGUAUGUGUGUGCGUGCGUGCGUGCGUGUGUGUGUGUGUGUGGCCAUCUGCAGAGCUGGAUAAUCCCUGUCAGAUUAGAGCAGAGAGAGAGAAAGAGACGGCGUCAACAUGAACAGAUGAUGAUUCUCUGUCGUCGUCGAGGUUUCAGAUCUGAAGUUUUUAUUUUGAAGGACCUAAAAGACUUUAGAGAUCCUCGAGAGACACUUUUAAUUUGAAAUUACUCUUUGUUUGGACCUUUAUUGAGGAAGAAUUUUUUUAUUUUCUGUCUUUUUUUGUUGUGUUGUUUUGAAGGCUUUUAUUUUGAAGCUGUUUUAAACCAUUUUAUGAAGAAUCUCAAAAACUGACAUUGUGUUUUUAAUUUCGUUUUAAACUUUUAUUAUGAAAUCAAAGUCAGAUCAAAUAGAAACCUGGGGCUUUUAUUAUGAAAGGUUGGAAAUCUACUACUGAGGCUUUUAUUGUGAAAAGACGAAAGUUUGUUCGUGAUUGGUUGUCGAUCGGCUGUCAGGAUGAUUUCCUACGUGGAGUGUCUCGGUGGCGAGGGGGCGGGGCCAGGCGUGACAUCACGCUGCUGGGACGCCGGCCCUGACGAAGAGCGAGACGAGCUUCUUCCUCGUAAGAUGGCCACCCUGCAGCCAAAGACUGAGGGCAGCCUGCGGCGCCGCCUGCUGACCGCCAGAAUCCACCAGCAACGCGACGCCAUCUACAGCAUGAAUGUGGGCGGAGACAAAAAGCCCCUACCAUCUCAACAUCAGUAUUCAGGCAGCAGCCCCUGGUACCGCCCCCAGCACCUUCCCCCACGCCCCCACAUCCACCCUUCUUUUACCCCAGAGGCUCAUGGGAAACCCCAACCACAAACUUCGCCCCUUCAGCCACGGCGCACGACCUGCCCCAUCCUUAGCCAGCGUCGCCGGACGUCCUCGUGUCCACCGACACUGAAACCCCGCCCCGGCUACACCACACCUGUCCCCUCCCCUCUCUGUGCCACGCCCCGCCUCCUGCAGCCAGAGGUUCCGCCGCAGUACCAGUAUCAGCCCAGCAGGAGGCGCAGGAGCAAAUUCUUCUGCUUCAGACGGCAGCAAGGGAGGAGCUCUGGGCUGGAAGCCAUGCCCCUUCUGUACAGAGCAGGCGACAGCGACAGUAAAUGGUCUGUCCACUACACUACCCAGAAGUCUCAGCGACAGCGUCUGGUCUUCAUCCCUGGGAAAAGACGAUCGGGCAGCGCUGAGGACCUGAGAGCAUGUAACGGGCUGACUCAGCAUGGCUACAGCAGACCUGCCAGCUCACACCUCCACCAGCCGGGGCCCGCCUCCCCUUUGUCCUCCUUUGGCCUGGACCAAUCAGAAGGCAGCACACACAGAGGGUGGAGGAACAAAAGCAGGAAGACAAGAUCCAGACUCUUGGACUUUUUGUCUCAGUCUUGCUUUUCAGUUUGUUUCAAGUUUUCAGUUUGGAGGAGAAAGUCGUCAGCUUCCUCCGAUGAAGAAGAGAGGCUCGUCUUGAACAACACACGACCUCUGACCCCACUGGUUCUGAGCCCCGUCGCCUCCUGCUGGGACGUCUUUGCCCCCACUAAUGAGCCGAUAGCUGACGAGGAGUUAGAACCUUCCUCCAGACUUCCAACACCUGAGGAGAGGAUGAGGUGGCACGCGGAAGCAGUUCCCGCUGACAUCGUUCCGAUCAAUAUCACAGGUGAGAGUUUCGAUCGACAGGCCAAUUUACGGAGAACACUCUCCAACGUAGACUCAUUAUCCCAACGACCCCGAAACCUGAGCCGCCGCAAGACGGUGACGGGGGUAACUGAUGCCGUCAACCAAAAAACCGUCUCUCCAGAUCCUUCCUCUAUGGUUCUUCCAGACCACAUUUCUUCUGUGGGUGGACCUGCCAACUCUUCCGGUACCUCCACCCACCGGCAGAAAAACACAGAUGAUCAGAAGGUGAAGAAAACUGAAAUCCAAAAAGAGGGGCUGUCGUCAAUAAGAAGAAUCCGAGCCCCAAGAGGGGAUGGAAUGUCCAGCCUUAUGGCCUCCCUUACCUCCUCCCCAUGUGUCGAUGAACCCCCCAUCUCCUCCCCCUCCUCACUUUCCUCAGAAGUCAACAUCCUCUCAAGACUGCCAACCAACCUCUCUCUCAACUCUGAGUCCAGCUGUAACAGCACCCCCUAUAGGACACUCAGUGCCUCUCAGGAUCUACAGGGUUUCCACAGUGACCAUCAGCCUCUGCUGCUCCUGGACUCUUCUACCAGAGUCCGUCCACAAACAGUUUCCCCUCCCUCCCCAAGUGUCACCCUGAAGUCAGAGUGGUCAUACCCCUCUCUUACUCACUCUUCCUCCUCCCACUACCUCUCCUCCUCAUCAAUCACCAACUCUGUGGAUGACCACACCCAGCAGGACAACUACUGCUCCUGUGACCAUGAGAGGUGGAGCUACAAGCCCCUCUCCCCGAGCUCCAGUGUCCACAGUGAUCAGACUGGGACUGAGAUGAGCUGCCAACCCCUCCUGUCCUCCGACAGCACCUCCCUGUGUUCGGAGGAAACCACCUCCUGUCCCUCGCCAAACUGUGAGAAAAGGAAUUCCAGCAUUUCCUCAUCCUGCUCUCGCUCUAUCACCCGUAACAUCUCCCUCCGCAAGUCAAAGCGUCCACCUCCUCCACCGUCACGCUCUGACUCUCUUAGGCGCAAACCAGGUCAUAAUAAAACCUCCCGGUUUUCCUCUAGUCCUCGUCAGGAGGACACUUUGCAGACCACACCCUCUUCUUCCCCUCAGACCCUCCAGGACCCGUGGGUGCCCCGAAGUAACAGCAAAAUAUGCCAGAGUGGGCUGAGCGGCAGGACAGUCACAACCUUUGAACCCCUGGACCUCCAGACAGUGCCCUCUGCCGAUUCUCCUCCCUCCAUGUGCCUCCCUGACGUCCUCACUCCUGGGUCUUCAUGCUCAGAGGCUGGGCUCCUGAGAUUUACUCACCCACCAGCCGCCGCCGCCUCCUCCUCUUUGUUCCAGCGCCUCGCCUCGCCCUCUAGUGGAUACUCCAGCCAGUCAAACACUCCCACACUGUCCUCCCCUCUCACCCCUUCGUCUCCUCUCACAGAAAGCCCCGGAGUCUUCUCCCUUCCCCUGACCUCCCCUUUCCCCUCCUCACACUCGUCUGCCUGUCCCCCAUCACCCGCCGUCUCCUCCCUGCGCAGGACAAAUUCUCGUGCCGAAGUAAAACCAAAACCGCCGGUACCGGAAAGGAAGUCUUCACUCUUCUCCUCUCUCUCCUCCUCAUUCUCCUCCACCUCCUCCCUCUCUUCCUACACCUCAUCAGAGUCCUCUGCCAAGCAUCCUCUUCUUCCUCCUCCACCUCCUCCUCCACCUCUACCAGAAUGUUCCUCUCUUUCACCGCUUGUUCCCUGCUCCCCUAUUUCUACAUCACCUCCUCUUCCUCACUCCUACCUGCCUGCUCCUCCUCCUCGUCCUCCUUCCUCCUGGCUUCCUCCACCACCCUACUCUUAUGCUAUUAGACAGACUUCCCAUCAUGCUAUUGUGUUCACAGAAUCACCAACCAACUUCGCUCCUCCCACAACUUAUCCCCCCCCUCCACCUCCUCCACCUCUUCCCUCAAAAUUCCCUCUUCCUCCUCCACCUCCUCCUCCUCCCUCAUCCCCCCUCCCACAAAGCCUUGGAAACUCUCCCAAUCAUUGCGUUCAAGCAGCAACGCCCCCCUGUCCUCUGGUCACAACUCAAGCUUUGCAGGACGUCAAGCUUCGCUCUGUUAAGAACCUGGAAGUGGAACCCACGGCUAACUCUAACCAACCAAUCAAAGAAGCUCUUCCAGACAACUAUGUGUUUGGUAGUGUUCUUGACAAUCUUGCUAACACUGAUGUGAAGCUAGCUGGGAUAGGAUCCAAGAAUUCUAUCUGUAAUCUCAGUGAAACUAAAACAAUAGCUGAUUUAAUGGCUAAUGCUAGCUCUCCGAUGCCGGCUAAUACUGAUGAAAAGCAUCCAAGACACACUGAGACAAGCACAACCAACAACGAGUCAGCUGAUGCUAAAGAAAGUCUACAUGAUUUUGUGUCUAGCUAUGCUAACCACCGAAACUGUGGGCGUCAUGUGACCGCUCCUCCAGACAAUGAACAUGAUUCACAUGUUAUUGCUAUGCUAACAAACAAACACAUCCACACUUCUGAUGAAAAACACGUGGAUGCAGUUAUCCAGCAUCUGUCUAUUGAACAGGAACAAGGUGGAGUGAGAGUUUCAGCAGAUGCUAAGCUAACAGAGCCAACAGAGAAACAGGGAACUGUGGUUUGUGACAUGGAUUUUCUAACCUUGACGAAACUCAAGUCUCUCAGAGGAAAUGGAACAAAGUUGUCGGACAGAAAAGAUGACGUUCAGACAAGAACAUGGAGUCACCAUUGUCCUCAGGAGCUCCAGUCCCCAGAGAGGCCAGUGCUGCCAAAGAAGCCGGACUUUUGCAUUCUGGGUCUCAGGGCAUCUCCUGAAGCCAGACCUGGACCAGGAGGGUGGAGAAGCAGUGGACAGACCACAGAACCUCCUUCUGGAUUCACUCACCAACCACCACAGCUUCCACAGACACCACCAGAGAACCUGACUGACAAUUCUUCGACAACCGUGAGCACCCCCCAAAGGCAUAAGCCGCCAAUUUUGCACAAAAAGCCAGACGUGUCAUUGACCUCGGCCCGAACAACCAAACCACUGUUUUCGCCUAAAAAUAUCGUGGAGACUUCCAAACAAACAUCUGAGACUGAUACCACCACAGGGACCAGUACCACGGGAAUCAUAGGAACCACGGGUUCUGUGGAGCACUGUGAUUUCUCAGAAGAGUUGGGCCACCCAGGGAUCAUGGAUAUCUCACCAAUCUGGAGUCCCAAAGGUUCCCCAAUUAAAGGGACCAUGAGCACCGUGGACAACAGAGGAACCUCAGGAACAGAGAGUCUAGGAGCUGCUGCAGGUCGUACCCGGACCUGUCGUGAAUUGAUCUACAGGACGACACUUCAUAAGGAUGAUGAGACGACAUUUCAGCAGAAGAUGAUGUCAUCGUUGGCUGAAGAUGAGGAGGAGGAAGAAGACAGAAGGACAACCACGAUAGUCCUGAUGCCGUCAUCCAAAAAGAAAAAAUCAAGGAAAAAGAGGAAGAGGAGGAGGACAGGGAGGCAACUGCUGAUGAUGUCAUCAACAGUAGAGUCCACCCCCUCUUCAUCUUCAUCUUCCACAACAUCGCCAUCUUCUUCUUCAUCUGGGGACGAGAAAGAUGUGAUCAGAGAUAGUGUGAUGAGGAACGAUCCAGAGACGAGUGACUCUGAAGUCUCCUGCGCUCUGAUUGGUCCGGGCAGAUACUCCCUCAGGAGUGCACCAUCCAAUGAAAGCCUACAGGGGGAGCUGCCCCUCCCAGACCUGCUCAUACAGGAAACAGAGGAGGUUGAAGAGGAGGUGAAGAAGGUGUGUCCAACUCUAGAUGCUGAUCUGUUUGUCGGCGUUUCUGCAGAGCAGAUGUUCGUCUCUGGUAAACCACGAACCACUGAGGAUUUGUUUGCCGUUAUCCACAGAUCUAAAAGGAAGAUGCUGGGAGGACGGGAUUCAGCAGAAAAUAAACAUCGCACAUUGUCAUUGUCUUCCUCUUCCUCCUCCUCGUCUUCUCCCCUGGUGACCCCCACUCACCUUCUUCACCUGAUACGACCUCCUGCAGCCUCCAGGAGUCAGAGGCUGGCGAAAAGCGAGAGCUUCAAGGCUCUUCUGCUGAGGAAAGGUAGUCGUUCGGAUUUGUCCUCACGGACCUCAGCUGUCGAGCGGCUUUGCAAAGUGGCUUCUUCCUCUUCUUCUUCCUCUUCUUCUUCCUCUUCUUCUUCCUCUUCCUCUUCUUCUGCUUCUGACCACCAGAGUGUGCCAGCACCACCACACCGACCUGAAGUCAAAUCCUCAAGCUUGUCCUGCACCGUCGACAAACACCAGCUGACCCUGGACACACCAGCGUCUCCGUGCAGUAAGAACCUCUCAGUGAUAUUGAGACACGGUCACCUCCUCCUCACCACCACCACCACCUCCUCCACCACUCCUUUCCUCUUCCUCUCCUCCUCUUCAUCCUCCAUGCGACCUCGCUCCCUCACUCCUCCCUGCUCCAGCAGCCGACGCUUUGCCGCUCGCUGUCGCCUCUUUGCCGCCCCGAUGACAGCCAUCUUUGAAGGGGAUGACGAGGAGGAAGAGGAGGAGGAGGUAGACGAUGAGGUGUUUGUCGAGUCAGCAGGAGGAGAAGAGGGACGACAACUCGGACAGGGAUUGGUGGAGAUUUUCUGAAACUUUAUUAAGAUAUGGUGGAUUUGACAGGAAGUGGAUGUUGUGAGAUCAAAAACAAACCUGAACAUGACUGGACUGGACUGGACUGGACUGGACUGGACUAGAUUUGAUUGGAUUGGACUCACAGCCAGAAACUGAACUGAAUGUCUCUAAAGACAGAAGAGCCAGAAAACUACAGAAGCCUGAAAAGGACACAUGAGUUUUUGUAUGUGUUUUUGAGUUUGGUCUGAUAUGCAGUACACAGGAGUGCCACUAGUCGUCGCAGUUUAGCACGUAUGCCAAAACAAACAAAAGUGAGGAUGACAGCUAAUGCUAGUCAGCUAGCAUGUCAAUUGUACUUAGUGGACAGUGAAAAUAGACGUGACAUCAACACAUCUGCAUUUAAUGAGUCACCUUCAGCUGAGGCUCUGUCCCUACAUAUAUGUGUGUGUACAUGUACACAUACAUAUAUGUACACACACAUAUAUGUAUGUGUACAUGUGCUCAGGGAUGACAAGACGGUCACAGGUCCCGGAACGUAGACAGAAAACGUGCUGAAAACAACAUGAAAAUGUCCACUUACGACACUGUGGGACAAGCUUCGGUUUCAAAUACUAUCCAUGUAUGUAAAUACCCUUACAGUAUACACAGUAAACAGGUCUAAUGUGUAAAAAAA